AUGCAAUCCAUGUUUUUAGACGAAACAAACAUAAAAAACCUCAAGGAUGUUCAAAAAAAGUUUAACUUCAAAGAUAAUCUAUACAAUUUAAAAGAGUUAAACUCAUGGUCUACUCAUUAUGAAAGUUUAAACUCAGUAAGCGACGAAUUUUUAUCUUCCCCCAAAACUCUCACCGAAGAUAAUUUUUCAUUUAUUAAUGAUUUUGAAAAUUCCCCUUGCGAACAAAAUGGCAAAUUCUUCGAAAAAAUUAAAUACGAAGACAAUCAUAAUGACAAAUUCCCUGAGCUAGCCAAAAAUAAUUUGUUCACAAAUCACAAUGUAAAUUUACCUGAACAAGUCAUAAAUAAAGUGUCAGGUGAAAAAAAAAAUGAAAAAUAUUAUGAUAAUGCCAUAAUAAAUGAACCAAUCAAUGAAAUAUUAGAAAAUACAAAGGAAAUCAAACAAACUGUAAAAGAUGAGGAUUUAAAUAAAAUAAUGAAUGAUAUAUUUUUUUUAUGUUUUCAUAAAAAUGGAUGUGAGUAUGUUAUAAAAAAGCUUAAAGAAAAUGACACAGAAGAAAAGCAAAUCAUAUUAAAUUCUCUUCUAAUUGAUGCAAAAUCAUUGUGCCCAGACAUGUAUGGAAGUUAUGUAGCUCAAAGUAUAUUUGAUUUAAAAGAUGAAAAAUAUAAAGAACGUUUUACGGAUGAAUUCUUAAAACAUACUAGCUUUUUAACAUUACACACAUAUGGUUGUAGACUUAUCCAGAAAUCAUUAGAAUCACUAUCUAAUGAAUAUAAAUGUAAAAUUUUUAAAGAAUUGGAAAAUGAUUUAAUAACUUAUAUAUGUCACCAAAAUGGAAAUCAUGUUGUUCAAAAAUGUGUCGAAGUAUUACCAUCAAAAAAUAUUGAUACAAUCAUAAAUAUUAUAGAAGAAUAUUUAUCAUUUUUAAGUUCCCAUGCUUAUGGGUGUAGAAUAGUUCAAAGAAUUUAUGAGAUAGGAACACCUGAACAAAUCAAUAGAUUGAAUGAUAAAAUUAUCAAAAAAAUACACUUAAUAAAAAAUAGAUAUGGAAAUUAUGUUAUCCAAAAAUGUUUCGAAUAUUCUGAUGACAAUGUUAGGCUCCUCAUUACUAAUGAAAUUGUCAACGACAUUUACAAGUUAUCUUCUCACAAAUAUGCCUGCAAUAUCAUAGAAAAAAUUUUACUUAAAAAGGAGUACAAAUACAAAAAAAAAAUUAUCAAAAGAAUUGUUGACGACAUUCCUGAGGGAAAUGACAACAUUAUAAGCAUUUGCAAAGACUGUUACGGGAAUUUUAUGAUGCAGAAAUUAUUAACAACUUGCAAAAGGAAAGAAAGAAAUUUAAUAGUAAAAACUAUUAUUGAAAAUUUGGACAAGCUAAAGGAAGAAACUUAUGGUAAAUAUAUUUUAAGGGCUAUUAAUAAUUUAGAGGCAUGA